CAAACGAGCUGCUCGAUCUGAUCAGAUAAUGGCAAUUCCUCUAAAAAUGCCAAUCAUAAAGAAAGUAAAGAUAGGUGCGUUCUGUUCCUCUCCUGAUGCACAAUCCCUCUCAAACAGGAAAGUUGGUAUGGCAGAAAGCUUUGAAGAGACCACAAAGCCAACUCUUGAUGCCAUGUGGCUUAAAUCAAGAAAUUGUACAGAUGAGGACAGAGAAUCUGCUAACCCCUUUGUGCUUCCUAAGGAUGUGGACAUCUUUGCAAAAAGAGAGUCUGACUCUGUCAUCGAGAAACAAGAGAAUAAGUUUUUUAAUAGGUUGCCAACAGAGCUGAAGAGCACCUUCCUGUCAAGGCUCAGGUCUCGCUCUGCCCCCCUGAGGAUUGUUGAAGAAUCCAUCUCAGAAACAGAUGAAUCCAUAAGAAACAACAACACAUGGGCCACUGUAGUCACUAAAGGCAGGACCGGAGUCACAUGGCACCACACAGUGUAUUGCAUUGUGCUGAAUAUUGUGGGUUUGAUGUAUACAACCACAUUUUAUAACGAUAUUCCCCAGGUCGUCGUCAAGAAAGGGAAAGUGUGAGGGACUACUUGGCAAAACAGAAAGAAAUGUUUAUGAUUCAGUAUUCUCUGUCAGUGAAACUUGACACUAUCAAACAUUUAGAGAAGGACAUGGUCGUAGAGAAAAAGAGAAACCAUAUUGCUGAAAAGCAUUUGGAGAAUGAUGCCAUUGCAUUUGAAAGAUUUAUCAAAGAAAAUGACCAGAAUUCAGUGGAAGCUGUUAAGUUGGCUGAGAAAGAAACACUUUUGAAAGUUGAGAGAACUACAGAAAUUAAGAAAGUCAUGGCAAAAAUGAUAUCAAUUAGAAGUGACAUAUCAAAAUACCAAGAAAUCCUGAAGGAAUACCAGAUUUACAAAAAGUUUCUGACCUCAGUCGCACCAGCAGAGUGGCGCAAAGAGCAAAAGCUGAAGAAAGAGAAGAGAGCGGUAGAGCAGUGGGGGAAACUGAAUAAAGAUAAACAGUCUUUAAAACAUGACAAGAAAGUAUGUCCGAACGGCAGACGGAAUUCCAAAGUGACUAAAAUUACACAGACAAGACAGAGCAAGAGUGGGAAGGAAUGCGCUGGAAGACAGGAAUCCAUCACAGAGAUGAUCGAGCCCUCAGACAGUGAUGAGGAGCCAGAGCUAUAUUUCACUGACCCAAGAGAAAUGUUACAUAUCAUAACUGACUUGGAGGAGCAGAAUUUAUCUUUCAUCCAGAAUUUCCAGGAGACUGAGGAAGCCAGGGACGAGAUCUGCAAAACUGUCCAGCUAACGCAAAACAAAACAGCCAAUGAGACCCAAGUCCUGCAGCAGCAGAUUGACAUCCUGAAUAACACAAUCCAGCGGGAGGAGGAGAAAAACUCUGAUCUGGAGCUCAAGUCCAAGAUCUUCUCCUAUGGCGAAUAUAGAGCUGAUAAACAGGAUCAUAUGCUUAAAAUCUUGCACAACAAGAUGAAGGAGGUGUUUAAGAUGUGUGGGGGGGAGGUGGGAACCAACAUCAGCACCCUUCACAUGCUGGCCAACACAGAGAGCCGGAUGGAGGAGGUCCUGGAGCGCUUGGACACGCUACCUUCAGAGAACGUGGAAGCUAUCCGAACAGCAAAGGAGAAGGAGAAGAGACUUAAGCGAGACAUUGAUUCCCUUCUAUAA